GGAACCGAACCGUGACUAAGUGACAAUAGUAUCAAAAAAAAAAAAAAAGUGAAGAAACAUGAAAAGGAAAUUCCCCGUAUUCAUUGGACUCUCUCUUUCUCUCUCGCAUGUGCUUUGCUAUCUUCAGCGUCUCAGAUAAGAGGAUAUAUUAUUAUAUAUUUUUGAAUUGGGUUUUUUGCGCGUGGUUUUUGAGGAUCAAUGGCUGCACCACCAGCUAGAGCUCGUGCUGAUUAUGAUUACCUCAUCAAGCUUCUUUUAAUUGGUGAUAGUGGUGUGGGAAAGAGUUGUCUUCUUUUACGAUUUUCUGAUGGCUCCUUUACCACUAGUUUCAUAACGACCAUUGGCAUCGAUUUUAAGAUAAGAACCAUUGAGCUUGAUGGUAAGAGGAUCAAAUUACAAAUCUGGGACACAGCUGGUCAAGAGCGAUUCCGAACUAUUACGACAGCUUACUAUCGUGGAGCCAUGGGGAUUUUGCUGGUUUAUGAUGUUACUGAUGAGUCAUCUUUCAACAAUAUUAGGAAUUGGAUUCGCAACAUUGAACAACAUGCUUCUGACAAUGUCAACAAGGUACUGGUUGGGAACAAGGCUGACAUGGAUGAGAGCAAAAGGGCCGUGCCUACAUCCAAGGGUCAAGCUCUUGCUGAUGAGUACGGUAUCAAGUUCUUUGAAACUAGUGCAAAGACGAAUUUGAAUGUUGAGGAGGUUUUCUUCUCAAUAGCCCGGGAUAUUAAACAAAGGCUCACCGAAUCUGAUAAUAAGGCUGAGCCCAUGGCACUAAAAAUUAAUCAACAAGACUCUGCAGCAAGUGUUGAUCAAGCUGCUCAAAAGUCGGGUUGCUGCGGAGGUUAAAAGGAAUUAACAAAAAUAUGCCAGAUUCUUGGUGGAAGCUUCGGCUUUUGGCAGUCCCUCAAAUGUAAAAUCGAAUUGUGACGACAUUAUGGUGAAUUCAUGUAUUUACUUUUCUGUUGAUUCUUUUUUUCCAACUACCAGGCUUAGGCUUUAUUCUUCUUGAACUCAAAUGACCCUUUGUUUUGUAUUUCAGUAUUUGUCUUUAUAGCUUUGAAAAAAAAAAGUAUUUGCUUUAUGUAAGAUAAUCUAAAUUCAAGUUUUUUUUUUCCUCUUGAAAAGAAAAUAAAAAAUAAAAAAAUCUGGAAUUUCUUAAUUCAUGUUA